AUGGCCGGAAUGGAUCAGGACAUGCCAGGAGUAGCUGUGAACGGUGGUUCUUGGGGCUUUUACGGUGCCAAUCUCACCAAAUCAGUGAAUAAUGGAUCCGUUCCAGAAUGGAAAUUGAAUGAUGCUGCGACUAGAAUCAUGACUCCUUAUUUCCAACUGGACCAAGACCGUGACUACCCGGAUAUAAAUUUGGUAGAUGAUCCAAGAAAGCCUAUUGUCAAUAGCCAGAGCCAGCGGCAUAGAACUCUGGCUCGUGAGAUCGCUGCAGCUGGAACAAAGGGAAAGGUGGUCUUCCUUUUGAAGAAGCCUACUACAAUUACCUUGUUUGGACCUGCUGCAGGGCCAAAUCUGUACGGACCUAAUCAGUAUGGUUAUGGAGAUGGUAUUCUGCCUAUUGAAUGGUCAACGGCAAAUGGAUAUGCUAUGGAUCCUCUUACCAUGGUAUUGGAGAAGGGACCCUAG